GUGUUUAACGUUGUCAUAACGUAGAGAAAGGAAGAAGAGAGAGGACCUAUCGUCAACGACAUGUGGAGAAAAAAAACAAACUCGGUGUGUGGAAGAUAAAGCUCUUUGGAAGGGUCCAGAUCUCUCAUUAGACUGCGUGUGGGCUUAAACGGCGCUUUCGCUUUAACAGCACGUCCUUAGUUACAGCGACGGAUUCACCCCAACAACCGAGACGAGCUACAAUAACACCAUAACCUGCUUUACCGGCCAAAAGGAGGCACGUUUUUGUUUUGUUAGAAACGUAAACCGGCUACUACGCUAGCUAACCCAGCUGGAAAAGCGCCUGAAAGGCCCUUCGGCUGGCCGGCGUAGCUAACGGGAACUUAACGUUAGUUAGCCAGCUUAGCCUAGCUAGCGGCAGGUUUGCUAGGCGUCGGAGUGGCUUUCUCUGACCGAGUAGGACAUCUCAUUUUGUCCACCCCCACCUUCUGGCUGCUCAUACACUGCUGCGGUCCGACUUUUAAACGUGUCUGGGUUUGCUACGAUGGCUUGUGGGGCUACGUUGAAAAGGACGAUGGAUUUCGAUCCGUUGCUGAGUCCCAGCUCGUCGAAAAGAAGAAGAUGCGCCCCGGUGUCCUCUUCCUCUUCAUCCCCCCGAAAAUACCUCCGCCAUGAGCCGUCCCCUUUCGGAGAGGUGUCGGCCACACUCACCACAGAGCAAAUCCUUCAUAACAUAAAGCAGGAGUACAAGCGCAUGCAGAAACGGAGGCACUUGGAUGGAAGCUUUCCACAGAGCGAGGCUUGCUGCUCUCUCGAGUCUCAGUCUCACUCGUCUAUUUUGAGUGGAUCCAGCUUUCCAGAUACCUCCUCUGGAGCUGUUUCACCAACAAGGAGAGAACAGCCUCUGUUUACUUUGAAGCAGGUCGGAAUGAUUUGCGAGCGUCUCUUGAAAGAACGUGAAGAGAAAGUCAGAGAAGAAUAUGAGGAGAUCAUGACUUCAAAGUUGGCAGAACAAUAUGACACCUUUGUGAAGUUUACGCAUGAUCAGUUAAUGCGGCGGUUUGAGGAACAGCCUGCUAGUUAUGUGUCUUGAGAACACCAAGAUGCUAUUCGACUUCAAAUUGCUGCAGUUGGAGCUGAAUGUCUCGAUUUCACCACAGACCUGGUUUGAAGUAAAACUGCUACAGUGACACUCAUGCUGACAGAGGCUGCCUUUAGAAUUUGUCAGUAAAUAUUAUUGUUCCUUGUGAACCUGGGUGCUUCCUCUUGUAAACGUAUACGGACCUUUUAUGUCUGUUAUUCUACCAGUGGCCUACUUAUAAUCUAUACCAUGAGCCUUCUCUCACAUUUUGCUCGCAUUCCAGAAUAGUGUUUGUUACUAGUAGCCUGUACAAUUUAUCAAUGCAGAUUACCAUGCGUUAUUUUCUGAAGACAUUUCACAUGUGCGUAGACAUUAUGAACAAGAAAUCUGUACACCUCUUUGCCAAUAUUUCCCUGUCCUUGAGAACUGUGCACUACACAGUUCGGUCUUUUUUUCUUACUCUUCUAACACGCCUGAUGCAGAACGCUUGAGCCAAAUCAGAGUGUGGAGCAGAGAGAGUGCUGCGGUUCUCCUGGACUGGGAUUAGGAAACACUGCUCUAUGCUAUAUAAUGAGCUCAUGAGAUUUCCCCAUCACUCAGAUCUUUUUGUUUUGCUUUCCUAUGUAUUGAUAUAGACAAACCCAAGCAUUAAACACAUUUUAUUAAUAAAGA